AUGUCGGAGGAGCAGUUCCUCGUCGUGGCGGUGGAAGCCGCCAAGAGCGCCGGCGAGGUCAUUCGCAAGGGAUUUUACCAGACCAAGAACGUCGAGCACAAGGGCCAGGUGGAUUUGGUGACGGAGACGGACAAGGCCUGCGAGGACCUAGUCUUCAACCACCUCCGGAAGCACUUCCCGGACCACAAGUUCAUCGGGGAGGAGACGUCCGCGGCGCUCGGGGCCACGGCUGACCUCACUGACGACCCGACUUGGAUCGUCGACCCCCUCGACGGGACCACUAAUUUUGUCCAUGGUUUCCCAUUUGUAUGCGUCUCGAUUGGCCUCACCAUUGGGAAAAUUCCCACUGUCGGAGUCGUCUUCAACCCCAUCAUGAACGAGCUUUUCACGGCGGUUCGUGGAAAAGGAGCUUUCCUGAAUGGCUCUCCAAUUAAAGCAUCAUCUCAAGAUGAGUUAGUGAAGGCUCUUCUGGUAACAGAGGUUGGAACCAAAAGAGACAAGGUCACUUUGGAUGAUACAACCAACAGAAUCAACAAGCUACUAUACAAGAUUCGAUCCAUACGGAUGUGUGGCUCAUUGGCUUUAAACAUGUGUGGAGUUGCCUGUGGUAGACUUGAUUUGUGUUAUGAGAUGGGGUUUGGUGGCCCCUGGGAUGUUGCUGCUGGAGCUGUAAUUCUUCAGGAAGCCGGGGGCCUUGUUUUUGACCCAAGCGGUGGAGAUUUUGAUUUGAUGUCGCAAAGAAUGGCGGGAUCAAACAGCUUGCUGAAGGAUAAGUUCAUCAAGGAACUGGGGGAUACCAAUUGA